AUGGCGACAACUUUGACGGGUGGAAACCCGCAUAUCAUCCAGCUGCCCACGACGCCCUCGAAUUCACCCUCGGAACCGCAGGCCAUCGCCCAGCAAUGGCUCACAGACCUGCAAGUCCAACUCGCUCGCCCCGAGAGCAUCAAUCUGGCAUCGCUUUUCCAUGAAGACUCCUGGUGGCGCGACAUGCUCGCCCUGGAUUGGGACAUGCGUACCAUUCACACGGCUACCGAGAUCGAAGCCUUCCUGCGCAAGCGCCAGGGUCCCUCCGUGCUGUCCAAUUUCAGACUUCAGAAUAAGGGCCAAUUCAAGCCGUCCUGGAAUAAAGUUGUCGAUGGGUUGAGUUGGGUGUCAAGCAUGUUCUUCUUCGAGACGGCAGUUGGCUCUGGUUCGGGAAUGCUUCGUCUGACGCAGUCGACUGAGGGGCGUUGGAAGGCUUAUGCCAUUUAUACUUCGCUGCAGGAAUUGAAGGGGGCAGAAGAGCCCCUUGGCAAACGUAGACCGGAGGGAACUACAGAGUCUAUGCCUGGGGGAUUGGAGGGUGGAACUUGGAUUGAGAGAAGGCAGAGACAACAGGACUUUCUGGAUGAGGACCCGACUGUUCUAGUGAUCGGAGCUGGCCAAGCUGGUCUGAAUAUGGGAGCACGAUUGCAAAAUCUCGGUCUUUCUUGUCUACUUAUUGAUAAACAUGAGCGGAUUGGCGACAAUUGGCGCAAGCGCUAUCGUACUUUGGUCACACACGACCCUGCGGAAUUCACCCACAUGGCCUAUCUUCCCUUCCCUCAGAACUGGCCCCAGUUCACCCCGAAAGAUAAAUUAGGCGAUUGGUUUGAGGCCUACGCCAAAAUCAUGGAAUUGAACGUUUGGACGCAAACUUCAGUCGCCUCUGCUGACUAUGACGACUCAACAGGUGAUUGGAAAGUUACCGUGACUCGCGGCGAUGGAUCCCAGCGUGUCUUAAACCCGCGUCAUGUUGUCUGGUGUACUGGACAUUCAGGAGAGCCCCGUGUCCCCAAAUUCCCUGGCCAAGACAGCUUCCAGGGCACUGUAUAUCAUGGCAGCCAACACCGUGAUGCGGCCGAGUUGAAUGUCCGUGGGAAGAAGGUGGUGGUCGUAGGAACUGGCAAUAGUGGUCAUGAUAUCGCCCAGAAUUACUGUGAAAAUGGGGCAGAUGUGACCAUGCUGCAGCGCAGCGGUACUUAUGUUAUCACUGCCGAGAAGGGUGUUUUUAUGAUGCAUGAGGGAUUGCAUGAAGAUGGAGGUCUGCCAUUCCCAGUUCAGUUUGCUUUGAGCGUGCAUGGGACAAGACGCUUUGCUGAGGCCGAGAAGGAUACCCUGGACGGACUACGUCGUGCGGGCUUUCAAUUGGACUUCGGGCCCGAUGGAGCUGGUAUCGCACGUGCUUACUAUACUGCUGGCGGUGGCUACUAUAUAGAUGUGGGAUGCAGCCAGCUGAUUAGCGACGGUAAGAUCAAGGUGAAGCAUAGUCCCCGUGGCAUCGAUGGAUUCGGCACACAAGAGCUAAAACUGGCCGACGGGACUGCACUACCCACCGAUGUUGUUGUAUUGGCUACCGGCUACGAUAACAUGAGAACCACCGUGCGAAAGGUUCUAGGCGACAAAAUUGCAGAUCGUUGCUCCGACGUGUGGGACUUGGACGAGGAAGGAGAACUUCGUGCGAUGUGGCGUCCCAGUGGCCAUCCUGGCUUCUGGUAUUUUGGAGGAAACCUUGCCCUUUGCCGUAUCUAUUCAAAAUUCUUGGCCCUUCAAAUCAAGGCUAUCGAGACUGGUCUCUCAAAUGGUACUCGACACGAGGAGAGAACGAGCAAGAUCUAA